AUGAGUGGAAACAACAACGACCAUGCAAUCCAAUCAAUGCAGCAACAACUUUCUGAGUUGAUGAGCUUCGUUCGCAAGAUGGUCGUGGAAAAAUCCAACCCGAGUGUCCAGGUCAAGGCGUGUGGAAUAUGCACGAGUACAGGACACCCUACAGAUGCAUGUCCGACCCUUCAAGAAGAAUGUGCAGUGGAUGUGAACGCUGCAAACUACGGUAUGAAUAGACCUUCAGCGUACAAUCCAUACUCCAACACCUACAAUCCAGGCUGGAGAGAUCAUCCAAACCUGUGCUAUGGAAACGCACACCAGAAUCAUGGUCCUCAACCAUUUGGAGCCACACAUCAGAUGCAACAGCCUCGCCCUUACGAGAAACAGCUCCCCCAAGCACCCACAAGCAACUCCAGUCCGUCCUUGGAAGACUUGGUGAAGUCUAUGGCUACCAGUACCCUGCAAUUCCAGCAAGAGAUGAAAUCAACUGUCGACAAGCUACAAAGUCAGAUUAGCCAAGUUUCCGAAGAGGUAAAACAGCUACGAGAAAGAGGAAAGUGGCCUGCACAACCAGAAAAUCCGAAGAACAUCAGUGCCAUAACUCUUCGCAGCGGAAAGGAAUUGGAAGGUCCACCUCCUAUCUCAAAGGAACAAAAUGAGGAUCAGAUUGAGAUGAAGAUUGAAAAAGAAGCUGAACUUCACGAAAAGGUACUUCCUGACUCCGUUCCUCCUACUGAAACUAAAUCAGCUCCUUUUCCUGACAGGUUGAAGAAACCAAAAAAGGCAAACAAACGAAAAGAGAUGAUGGAAAUAUUCAAGAAGGUAGAACUUAAUAUCCCGCUCCUGGACGCUAUCAACCAAAUCCCCAAGUACGCAAAGUUUUUGAAAGAAAUGUGCACUAACAAAAGGAAAUUGCGAGGGGAUGAGCAUAUUACAGCGGGUGAGAACGUUUCUGCUGUUCUCAAAAGAAAGGUACCACCCAAAACAGGUGAUCCAGGUAUGUUUUCUAUCCCUUGUAGGAUUGGAAAAACUGAGAUAACUAAGGCUAUGCUAGAUUUAGGAGCUGCUAUUAAUGUCAUGCCACGAUCAAUAUACGACUCUUUAAAUCUAGGGCCUUUAAAAGAAACAGGAAUUAAUAUUCAACUUGCUGAUCGAACCAAUGCUUACCCUGAUGGUAUGAUAAAAGAUGUGCUAGUUCAAGUUAAUGACUUAAUUUUUCCUGUUGAUUUUUAUAUUAUGGAUAUGCAUGAUGCACACUGCUUUAAUCCACCGCCUCUUUUGCUAGGAAGACCUUUUAUGUGCACUGCAGGAGCAAAAAUUGAUCUACGGAAGGGCACUCUCGCUUUGGAAUUUGAUGGAGAAGAAGUCCAUUUCAAUAUUUUUGGUGCUGUAAAACAUCUUAUUGAUUCUGAAACAUUAUAUGCAAUUGAUAUCAUUGAUCCCUUGGUGCAGGACGCAUUUGGAUUAAGUGGUUCCGACAAAUUGAAGAUCGUGUUAAUGGAACAUCUGGAGAAAGAACAUGGGAGAGAGAUAGCCGUAGACAAGAGAAUAAGAAAAGUUCUCAAGGAGGUUAACUCAACUCCAAGAGUGUCACCAAGGUAUGAAUUAGCUCCAAUAUUCUUACAUGAGUCUAAUCAAUGUUUAUUACCAUCUUUGAUGCAAGCACCUGAAUUGGAAUUGAAGCCUUUACCUGAAACUCUAAAGUACGCUAUUUGGGAGAGAAGAAGACUCUACCGGUGA